CACAAGCCACAAGUCGACUAUAACAAUAAAUACAAUAGAACUCUGCUUUAAGAUCAGCCUGGAACUUCUCCUCAUUACAUAACCAACUAAAUACCACUUUACUUAAUUAGUGAUCAACCAUUUAGUUAUUGUAGAAUUUUUAAAAAAUGUGUGCAAUACGUAUUUAGUAAAGCACUCGGAAGAACAAAUUUCCACUGUGCAUGCAUUUUAGUAGGGGUUCCAGUCCCGGGAUUUUAUUCCCGGGAAGCGGGAUCCCGAAAUCCCGGGAUUUGAAGAACUGAAAUCCCGAUAUUUCGGGAUUUUCAAUUCGUCAUUCAGAGCUGAAAAUUACUUAUAAUUUACAAUUUUAAUAGCAAUUUUACAUUAUUUUCGGUUAUAUGAUGAUUGGUAAGAAAAGUUUCGAUGACGUAACCAUACAAAUUGAUCCUGGACUCGAAAAUCGAAAUGUUUAACAAUAUGGUUAGCCACAUUUUUCUAACCCGUAUACAUAUGUACAUAUAUUUAUACAUAUCUAAAUUAUAUAAUUCAAAAUGAAAUUUAUAGUUCAAGAUCGAGCUUCAAAUUCCCAAUUUCGAUGUUAGAUUUUAACUUGAACUAAGCAAGAUUAUAAUCAUAAAAUCUGAAAUCAGUUAUGCUCAAAAAUGCUAUUAUGUUAGAAGUGAGUUCGAAUUUUAGCCGAUGAAUUUAAAGCUAAAUUUAAUGCGUUUUGCACGAAGUGGUUCAUAUAUUUGAUCUUGAAAUUUUUGAAUUGCUAAACUUCAUAUCCAACCGAAGUUUUUGAAUAAUGGUUCGCAAUUUAGGCCAAAUAAUAUAAGUACGUCAAUUUGGGCAUUUCGGGUUAACAUUCUUGUUGGUUAAUUAUUUAAGAUUUCUGGAAUGAAAUUGUCAAACUUUUGCAUAUCACAUAUCACCUCUCAAAGAUAGAGGGCGAAAAUUGGGCUACGCCGAAAUACACCGAGAUUUAACAUUUUCAAUAGCAGGCAAAACCAUAUAAUCGCUAAUUUGUAUUGCUACCAUAUUUAUUUUGAGUUGACCAGAAAAUAGCAUACUUUAUAAUAAUAUUCAUGCAUGCACAGAGCCCGAAAACACAUAAAGAGAUAUGUAAGUAUUAUAAAUACGCUCAGGCGCUGUACUUUUAUAGUCAUGUACCUUUUUGUAUACCCAAAUUUGACUAAUUUGAAGUUAUAAGGUGAUAUUUGAAUUUCGGGAAAAAAUCCCGGGAUUUCCCGGGAUUUCUCACGGCCAAAACCGGGAAUCCCGAUUCCCGGGAUUUCCAAAAUCGUCCGGGAUUGGGACCCCUACAUUUUAGUGACGCAUCCUCAAACCCUGACUGACGUAUUUACCGUGUUCGUAGUAAAUAGGCGUGUAAUUUGCCGACUUCGUUAAACUAAAUAGUGGCAGAUUCUUGCCAAUUAUUACACACAAACCUCCACGAUAAAUAAGUAAUUCGGCCAUUGUAAUCAAUCACCCCACGCGUACAUAUGUACGGUAGAGCCGGUACCCACAUCGUCAAUGAUCGACUGAGAAAUAACGAUAAACCUUAGUUCCCUCGCCAAUAAAAGAUAACAACAAUUACACCAAUUUCUUCCCCAGAAGUAAUAAGUUACAAACCAGUCACAAUUUACCAACCAUAACUGAUCCACGCGGAAUUAAAUUCCCAACUAUUUAUGAAAAUGCAGAAAUAAGCAACUGCCAUUUACGUAUUGAUCGAAUCAAGCCUACAACUUUCUCCUCCCAAAAGUUUUAAUCAAAUCGGACGGAAACCUAAUUAUUUUCACCAAAAAUCCAUACAUAAAUAAAUCGGAGAUGACAUCGUCGAAAUCCAAGACCAAACAACGCACCACAAUCACAAAUCACCACCCCACCAAAGAUGCCGGCACGGAUAAUAAUAAUGUUAUCGACCCCGAUAACUCCACACCUUCCUCGGCAUCUCCAGUUUCAGUGAAGGACUUGUGCGUUUUAGUGACUCUGGCCACGACGUUAUCGAGCUGCCUGGUGACCUAUAUCUUUGGCUGGGACGUUCUCAUGGAACGUUGCAUCUCACUUGACCUGACCUCCGUCCUGGUGACCUUGGUCGUCUGUGUCCUCAUAAUUUCUGCCUUGACCUACGUCCUCCUCCGUGUGGCGGCACAGUACUUGGUCUACGUGGGAUUGGGCGUCCUCCUCGCCAUCGUGUACUCCUGCCACCCCUCUCGCGUCCUCCCGUUCAUCAACAAACUCUUCACUAAAGCAAAGGAAAAACAGCAAGGGCAAAAACAACUAUGAUUUGACGACAAAUAAAUUUCCUCGUUCAGUUUUCAGAAACAUUGAAAAAAUGAUUUUCAGAUGAACGUUAGAGGAUUUGUGUUAUAAAUUCUACAUGUGACUGACUCCUAUUAAUUGACCACCGCAUAAUGUAUGUACAUAUUGUUAUCAUUAAUCAUUUAACCAGUUUUAUGUAAAUAUAUAUUUCAAAUUACGACAUAAACUGUGCUUUUAAAUAAAACAAAAAAAUGAGAAGAUAAAUGA